UAGUCUUUGAUUUGACUGUUGUCACCAGCGCCUCCGCCAUCCUCCCACAGCACAACAACACAAUGGGGCUGUAAUGUCAGCGGCGAGCGGGAUAAGAGCGCCUUCUCGAGAGUACUGAAUCGGUGUAUGGAUUUAAUGAUGAUGAAGAAGAAGAAAUUCAAGUUUAAGGUGGAUUUCGAGCUGGACGAGCUCUCGUCGGUCCCCUUUGUCAACGGUGUCCUUUUCUGUAAAGUCCGGCUGCUGGACGGCGGGUUCUCCGAGGAGUCUUCACGGGAGCCGGUGCAGGCCAACUGUGUCCGAUGGAGGAAGCGGCUCUCUUUCCCCUGCAAGAUGAGCGCCAAUGCAGGGACCGGGGUUCUGGACCCUUGUGUGUGCCGCGUGUCUGUCAGAAAGGAGCUGAAAGGUGGGAAGGCAUAUGCAAAGCUUGGUUUUGCAGACUUGAAUUUAGCAGAGUUUGCCGGCUCAGGGAAUACAACUCGCAGAUGUCUGCUGGAAGGCUACGAUACCAAAAAUACCCGCCAGGAUAACUCCAUUCUCAAGGUCAUCAUCAGUACACAGCUCAUGUCAGGGGAUCCCUGUUUUAAAACGCCGCCCUCCACGGCCACAGUGAUCGGGAUCCAGGGGGAUGGAGAGAGCCUGCUGGAGGAGAGGAGGGGAGGGGACUCACAGAAAGGCUGUUCUGAGAGUCGAGAAGGGAAGUGUCCGGUUGUUUCUGAUGAACUUGGGGGGUGCGGCCACUCCCGAACAUCCAGCUACGCCAGCCAACAGUCCAAACUCUCAGGAUACAGCACAGGUCACUCCCGCUCCUCCAGCAUGUCAGAGUUCAGCCACCGGAGAAACCAUUCAGUUGGCAGCGCCUCAACGGGCAUCGGCAGCAUCCCGGAACCCAGCGAGGACCGGGACCGAGAGUCCAGACCCUGUCCUGCUCUACCUGAACACCCAGUACCCAACACCACCACUAGCAACCCAACUGGUACACCAGUAAGGAGCGCUUCGUCCUGUGAACGACUCAACAGACACCCUGUGAAGCAGGACUCCAUCGAGUCUCAGCUAAAGAGAAUGGACGACACGCGGGUGGAUGCGGACGAUGUGGUAGAAAAGAUUCUCCAGAGUCAAGACUUCACACCCAGCCUACUGGACUCCAGUGCUGAAGAGGAAGGCUUGCGUCUGUUCGUUGGCCCCGGGGGAAGCACGGCCCUUGGAAGCCAUCACCUUCCCACCAGGGUGGGUGCUGGAGCGUACGAGCAGGUGGUGAUAAAGCGUUAGACUGACAGCCUCUCGGAGGUGGACUGACUGCUUCCAUCAAAGAACUGGAGGCGAGGCUGUGUCGAUUUCAAUCUGCAUUCCUACAGCACACACAUUACCUGAUCAGCACCCGGUCUGACCGGACAACAGUGCCCUCCUGUGUUCAAACGUCCUCAAGGACACUGUAGCACCCUGAUAGAGAGGCAAACCGUUAUUAUCUCUGGGGAAACAUACAGAUUGUUCAAAAAUAUUAACAUGUAUGGAACUGAAACGGUCCACUCCUCAUUUUCUGGGUGUAGAUUAGCCUCAUCUGUUUGAGGUCAACGUUAUCACCCAGCAUCCAAGCCAACUGUUGGGAAAUGAAAGAAAACAACGACUCUUUCUCUCUAAUGGAGGACACUGGCACUGUGUGUGUGUGUGUGUGUGUGCCAUCAGAACGCACUGAAAUCUACACCGAAGAAGAGUAUGCAACGCGCUUUCAAUACAUUCCUUUAGUCUCCCAGUGUUUGUUUUGGACUUCUUUUUCAAUUAGGGAUGUUCUUUUUAAUAUUCGCCUCUAAGCUGCUAAACACAUUGUAGUUGUUGGCACUGUGACAACUGUUGGCGUUUUGAAGUUGAGUGUUUUACUACAAAGACGAGGCCUCAGACCUGAGCUGUGUGUGUGUGUGUGUGUGUGUGUGUGUGUGUGUGUGUGUGUGUGUGUGUGUGUGUGUGUGUGUGUGUGUGUGUGUGUGUGUGUGUGUGUGUGUGUGUGUGUGUGUGUGUGUGUGUGUGUGUGUGUGUGUGUGUGUGUGUGUGUGUGUGCGCCCGCGUAGACCACUUGAAGCAGUAGUAACCGUUAUCCUGGAUGAGUGGAGGGAUGUGAUUGUUCUCUUGUGAGGAAUGCGUUAUUGCUACUUGCAAAGUUAAAGUGGGAGAAUGUGACGCCCUCGAUCUCAUUUGUUUGCCGAGCAGUUUAUAAAACCCUGCUGUACUAUUCUGCCUUACAAAAGGCAAAAUGAAACACAUUUGUUCAAAACUGAGUUUUCAAAUCUAACUUUUUGACAUGAACUGACAUCUUGGUAAUCCAGUUUAUUCGAUAUCUUCACAGAUCUCAGUAACCGCCCUCUUUUCUUUUGACUCUAGUGACAUACAUGUGCUUUGGUGUGAUUAAGCUACCUUCAAAUCCCAAAUGUAUUAAAUUGUAAAUUAUCAUAUUCAUUUUACUAUAGUUCUAUUACCCACUAGAUGUAAAGACACCCAGAAAAACCAAUACAUUUAGUUCCUGUAAUCCCACGACAAUAAAUAAUCAAAAUAAAGUUUAUUUUCGUAAACCAACUAGUUUUAAAAGACAAGAAAGCUGAGAACACAAUUUUGUGGGUAAAUACACAUAUUCUCCCAUCAAAUUCGCCAAAGAUUACCCAAACGCAGUGUGCAGUAUCUGCUUUUCUUUCCUCUAUUAUUCUUUUGGGUUAACAACUCAGCCUAAAAUGUACACAUUAAUUUACUACUGUCUGCCUUAGUAGAGCAGUAAAUACAGAAUAUAAAAAGGGGCUUCUAUGAUAAAUCUUACUGCAUAAGGGCAUAUAUCUCAUGCCCAGCGUUUCAGCUAUGUAUCUAAUGUUCACCUAUGCUUUGCAACUCGACUACAUCUUUCCGAGCUGGCCUGUUGACCAGGAAGCUGACAUCCUGUGGCGGACUAACAGUUGUAUUAAUGUUGCAUAAUGUCAUUUGUUUCACUUAAUGAUUGUACAGAGAAGGACUAGUUAAGUAAUCCACUGCCAUGAAGAAAAUACUCAACAGCACCUGUUUUAAAAAAAAAAAAAAAGAAAGAAAGAAAGACCCAGAGUAAUAGUUUUGUGUUUGUAUCUAUAACGACUUAACUAAGAUUUAGUCUUAAAACCACUAAAAUUAACCAACACGAUCCAAGCAACGAUUAUUGAGUCUAAUCUGAAACAAAAUUGAUGUGAUGAGAGUUCUGAAAGCCUGAUAGUAUCGUGCACGUUGACUAUUUGCCUUUCCAGUCAAAUUGAGGACCAUUUAUUCAGUGUAUUAGCACAUUUGCCAAAGUACACAACACACUGUUAUUACCUGGGACGCCGUCAGGCCUAUGCAUAUCCAGAAAAUAUUAGACGCAUUCUAACUAUUGAAAACAGACUGUACAGUAUCUGUAAUCUGUCUCCUGUCAUAAGCCAUAGUAGAGGUAGGAUACCUCUUCUUCUAGAUACACUCUGUAUGUGUUAUAUCAAUAUCUGCACAAGUGUCAUCCGUGUAUGGUGUUUUAACUAUACGUCACUGUUCUGUUUUAUGUCUGUGUUCAGCAUGAUGAAGACGUCCUUUUGUUAGCUUGCAGACCGUGACACCUCUUUUUCCUCAUUUGAUAUGUUGUGCCAUCUUUUAAUUUGAAUAUUACCACAUCGAAGGAACGUUUUUGCAUGUAGGAAAACAUGCUGUUCUCAUCACUUCCGUGUUAAAAGCAGAUAUUUGUGUUUAAUGUAACUGUGUUCUCAUUGUUUUUUUUCAUUUUUGGCAUAGUUUAAAUGUCUGUUGAAAAUCUCAUCUUUAAUGAUAUCGUCGUCUUUGUUUUUGAAUCUGUCAUUGCUGGUAUUGUGCCAUAUUUUUGCUAAAUAUUUUAUUGUUAAGAGAAAAGUGUCACUACAUAGUUAAGACAGUGUUAAGUGUAUGAUUUUAUGGCCAACAUGUAUCAACUAUUGGAGUUUUGUGUGGAUAGAAAUCAUCCGUUUUACCUGUGUGACACAGGUAUGAUUAUCUUGGUACUUAACAUGUUGUUACAAACAUGGUCUCUUCUCUUCUGUGAAGCCGUUAUAAAUCUGUAUAUUAAACUGUAAAAUGUAUUCUUCUGUAAAGUGAUGUUCUGACGCUGUCCAGUGUUUCCCAUUACAGACUUGUCCUCUCGGCCAACAUUUUCUUUCUGAACAAGUGUGCUGGAUGCUUCAAAUGUGUACCUUGCACUGUUGAAUAAAACGAUCUGAAAACCUUGA